AUGGAGGUCAGGGUAAAGAUGCCAGCCCGAAAGGGCAAAACCAAGGGGCCUGGAGCGUCCAUCGGCAGGGUGCCCUACGACGUCCUGGCUCCGGAGCAAGAGUUCGAGCGGGUCCAGACGCAGCUGAAGCGGAGGCCAACCCUCGAGGUGAAGAGGACGAUCCUGGAGAGCCAGCUAGAGGCGCUCAAAGACGACCCGCACCUGCAGCUGAUGCAGGUGGAGCCUGGCGCGGGCGGGUCCCCGGCCCGCCGCGUGCUGGACGACGGUGGCGCAGACGAGCGUCCGGCGGACGUCUCCGCGCUCCCCGAGCUCUCCCGCGCCACCAGGGCCGACGGCUCGGCGGGCCCAGGCGGCGUGAGGUGCACCUGCACGGCGUGA